GGGGGGGGGAGGGCGUUGCCGUGGCAACCUAAAGAAGCCAAGUGGGAGGAGGCGCUGCCUAAGCAGAGGAGGCCACGUCACGGGCAGAAUGAAGGGAGGAGGCGUUGCCAAGGCAACUCGGAGAAGCCGGCGGAAGAAGACAGAAGGAAGAGGUGGGACCAGAACGAGGCGCCGAGCAGGAAGUGGGCUUACGUCACGAACAGGUGUUUUCGCGCGGGAAAUUGGGAUCUGACCCUCGCGCGCUGAAAAAGGGAGAGAAUUUUUGGUGAAAAUGCAGUUUAAUACAAGCAGGAGAAAUAAAGUGCCGAGAUAUAAGGUGUCAAGGCUAGGAGAUAACAAAGAAGAUGAGUACCCAUUCAGUCUUCAAUUCUAUCUUACGCCGCCAACUGAAAAUAUUUCCCUCAUAGAAUUUGAAAGUUUUGCAGUUGAUAGGCUCAAAUUACUCAAAGUAGUUGAGAACCUGGGGGUGAGUAUGAUCAAAGGUACAGCUCUAUACAACCAAAAGCUGGAAGCAGAGCUUAAGGCUCUCCAAUUUCCAUACAAGGCUCUGCUUGAAAAUGAUUAUGACAGGAGAAGAAAAGAUCAUAUUUCCCACUUCAUACUGCGACUUGCUUACUGCCAAACGGAAGAACUUAGGCGAUGGUUUAUUCAACAAGAAAUGGAUCUCUUCCGCUACAGAUUCACUCAGCUGUCAGACGAAUUGGCUAAAAAGUUCCUUGCAUAUGUUAAUUUGGCAUAUGAUCCUGUUUCGGAAACUGAGAAGGAAGCAAUUGGAAGUGACCUGCGAAGUGCAACUCCUGGUUUUAAUGAUGCAGACAUCACACAUAAUGUCUUCUAUCUGGUUCCUUUCAGCGAUUCUGCAGAUUUGGUUCGUGUAAAAAGAGUUUACUUCUACGGCGGUUAUGCCUAUGUCCCUCAACAGGAUUUCCUUGUCAUCCUCAUGAACAAUUACAGAACCAGGUUGUCAAAAGCCCUGGCAAUUACAGCACGCUCGCUUCCCAUUAUACAAACCGAUGAGAGACUCCAGCCUCUGCUCAGUCACCUCAGCCAUGCAUAUGUUGGUCCAGAUUACAGCAUUGAAAAAAAUAUUGGGAAAAUUUCACUGGAACAGAUUGAUGCCCUUUCCGUGAAAUCCUUUCCCCCCUGCAUGCGCCAGCUGCACAAAGCUUUGCGUGAGAACCACCAUCUCCGUCAUGGAGGCCGUAUGCAGUAUGGCCUGUUUCUAAAGGGCAUUGGCUUAACAUUGGAACAAGCUUUGCAGUUCUGGAAAGCGGAAUUCAUCAAAGGCAAAUUAGAUGCAGAUAAGUUCGACAAAGGAUAUGCUUACAACAUCCGGCAUAGCUAUGGAAAAGAAGGCAAGAGAACUGAUUAUACUCCCUUUAGCUGCAUGAAAAUUAUCAUGUCCAAUCCACCAGGCCAAGGGGAUUACCAUGGAUGCCCAUUCCGCCACAGUGAUCCUGAACUGCUCAAGCAGAAGCUUCAGUCGUAUAAAAUCCCUCCCACUGGGAUCAGUCAGAUUUUGGACCUGGUGAAAGGAAUGCAUUACCAAGUGGCCUGUCAGAAAUACUUUGAAUUGACACACGAUGUCACUGACAUUGGGUUUUCUCUGAACCAUCCAAAUCAGUAUUUUGUAGAGAGUCAGCAGCUGCUUGGUGGUGUCAAGGAAGUAAAAAAAGAACAAAGACAACCUGAAAACUCCCAGCCAAAGUACAGCAACCAGAAAAGCAUAGCAACAAACUCCACACUCUCCUCUUCAAAUACGCCAGAAGAAAUGGAGCUGGAAGGGCUGGAGGAUUAUUUUGCUGAAGAUUAAGGACCAUCUUGUCCCGUUUGCAUCAUCACUUUGGCUGUGCCUUCCUGGAUGUUGAAGCAGUUCUCUUGAUAAUUACUUAGCCACCAUCAUAUUAUAUGCUGGCAUGUUGCAUUCUGUAUUGAAAUAUUUAAAUAGUGAUAUGUACAUCAAUUUUGAAAAACAGUUGUCUCUUCUGACAUAGAAACUGUAGAGAAUUUGGCAAUGGGACAGUAUUGUGAAUAGGUUUUUUUGUAAUUUCUUUAAGCAAAUAUUUUGAGUUGCUAACCCUUCUCAUUUAUGCUCCUUGAUAUGCUGGAUUUCCCCCCUUGUUCUCCACUGUUUUCUUAAUAAAACUAUUUUUGAAAUAUAUAUGAAUGCAAAUAUUGCCUGGGCUUUCAAACCUUGUCUGCGAUACCUGUUAUAUCCAGCCUGUAAUUGCUUUGUGAAUAGUCCCUAGAAAUAGAGAUAAGUUUUCUUCCUCUGAAAUCAAGUAGCAGUAAGCUGCUCUUUGAAAACAAAGCUAGGGUUGUUACAGUGUAUGUUUUCAAAUACCUUUAAACUUUAUUAUACAAACUGGUUGCAGCCAGCUUAAUUAAAAAUUAUGAACUCCACAUCCUUUCUUGAAAGGCAUAGUAGGAAAGCUUUUCAUAUGAAACCCUACAUAUUUAAAGUGCUAACAUAAAAAGGUGUGUGGGUACUAACCACUCUUUUUUAUAAGAGCGCUCGGGAGACUAUUUAAUAAUGCCAGAAAAUUAAUAAUUUUAGUGAUUUUUUUGUGUCCAAAAGGGCUACAUAUAAAACUUCCUUUCAAGGAUGAACUGUUUUUCUUGUACUUAAUAAAAUUAAAGUAGUUUUGAGAAAUCAGGAAUGAAAUUCACAAUAAUUACGUAUUCAGUUAAGUGCUAUGAUUGCUACAAUCCUGAAACCACUUACAUAGGAGUAAUCCUCACUAAAUGAAGGGCCCAUCUACAUGGACCAAAUGAGCUGGGGUGGGAGUAAAUGGGGUCUGUGGUGUCCACAGGGCCCAGUUGUUCCCUCCAAGGCCAAUUAACACAGUUUUGUUCUGUGCUGAACAAUGUUGGGAGAUGCUCCAGAGGUUUCCUGAAGCUCCAGAGUUUGCUCACAUUUUGUGGCUGCGUAAACUGUUGGGCGGGUUCAUAUUUGGAACUAGCCAUGGCUAUUCACAUGGCUAUCCCACUUUCCCCGGUGGCUGUGACUUAUCACAUCUACUAACGCUAAGAAGAGUGCCAGAGUAAUCAGAGGAGGAAGCAGGAAAGGAGAGAGGGAUUCUUCGUUUCCUCCCUUACCUCUCUCACGUCACUUUUGUGCUCCAUCCGCUAUCAGGUAAUGCUAGUGAUGACCACCAGCAAUUUCACACCCAUUGGUUGCCACUAAGCCAUGGACACAAUGGGGACAGUAAGGGUGGCACUGAACUGGACUAUGAGGACUAGCUCCUGGGCCACACAGUGUGGACACCCACUAGUUACCAAGCCGGUUUGAUGGCUGGUUGGGUGGAGUCUCUGGCUGGUGAUCGGGAGUACCCCAUUUUGGAUCAACUUCAGGGAUGUGACCUAUAUUGCUAGAUUCUUAGUGGGAAUAGCCUUUGAGUAAGCAUGUACAGGACUAUAUUGUGUUUGUUAAGAAAUAUUUCUCAAGUGGAAAUAUUUUUCUGAGGGUCCUAACUCUUUCUUGAUUUGUGACAUAUUUUUUCAAUAGCAUCGUGCCUCUUGAUAAGAUUCUGUAGCAUUUAAUUUUAUUACUAGCACAGAUGCUUCAUGGCUUAGCUUAUUUUCCUGCUACUACUGAAGUAAUGCUUCAGUGAGCCAGCCAUUAAGUGCGGUCUCCUACAUGCUGAAAUUGCUGUCUCCUUGUUGCCUGUUCAGGGGCAAUAUAUUUGCUGGUCUGCACAAUGGUGGCAUUUAAAGAAUUAGAAAGUAGUAAACAUUGAAACUGUAUGUGAAGCUUUUUCCUUGAAAUGAGGUUGUAGCAACUAUCUGGGUGCCAUAAAAUAUUUCUUUUAGAUCACAGGCUUCCCUUAUGUUUCAGCUUCACAGAGGAAUGAUUGUGUGCACAUGGUUAGCUAGAUCAAGUAUUCCAAAGAAAAUCAAAGGAGUGUAAAGAAGAUUCUGUUACUGCCACCACAAAGUAGACACAAACAAUAUUUUAUGAACAGAAUUUAAGUGAAUCUAAGCAAACUUGGGUUGAAUGUGUUUUAUCAGUACUUUUCUCCUGACUCGUGCCUCCUAUAAAGCUUCCACAGUUAAUGAGACAUGCAGCUCUUAUUUUGAUUCCUGCAGGAUUUCCUUGCUUUCAGUGUUUUUGCUUACUUGGGGGACGAAAGUGUUCAAGGAUUUAUCUUUGAGCUAUGGGUCUCCACUUGGUAAGGUUUCUCUGGUGAUUUUUGUCCAGCUUCAGAUUCUUUAUUUUGUGCCCCACUUUUUAAAAUAAGAUCGCAAAUGUAAUGAUUGAUGAUUGAAUUCACUGAAAACAUCUGACCUAUAUAUUUUGAUAUGGUUGUAGUUUUAAAUGUAUAUUCCCAGCACUUUUAGCUUGGCCAAAAGUGCAAAGAUUCAGACCAGUCCUGUUUGAAGUUGUGGGAAGAGGUUUGAAAAGAGUAUGGCUGGAGAAUUGGGGCAAAACAGCACAGGAUUUGCAUUGCAAUGGGACUGCAGUUGAUUUCUGUACACCAGAAAUGCUCACUCUCUUUACACUGGGUUAGAUCUAGAGUGCAUCCAAAAGUGAAAUGGACACCACUAGUGGAUCGGAUUCUUCUUCCCAUUUACAGCCACCCAAUAUGCUCCCCAAACCUUUGGCAGUUGGGGAGUCUUCCCCAGCAGAUUUGCAUGGGGAGAUAGGAGGGUCUUGCAGAUGUGGGAGGAAGGAGGAAAUGUCCAGCUGCAUGAUCAUAAGUUGGUUUGCACAAUCUCUUUCUUAAACUUUAAAAGAAGUAUAUCUUUUCCCCCCCAAAACAUAUAGAGUACCAGGCAGAAGUAUUUUCUCCUUGUGCUUUCAACCCAGUGGCUUCUCAUAGCUAAGCAGGGACUUGAACCCUCCAGGGUUGUAGUCCAAUGCUCAAACCACUACACUAUGGUGGCCUUCAAAGUAUGUUCACUGUGACACAAAAGUGAAGUAUAUUAAAAAUGACAUUGGUUAGGUCCAAAAAUAUUCAUCUUUCUAAGCCAGUGCUUAGCAGAAGUUGUCAGACUGGUGAUAGCAGAUCACAGAAGCAAGCACAUAUCCUGUUAAAGAUAUUUCAGCCCCCUUUAAUAUAGUGUGAGCCUGAACUCAAAAAUACACAUGAGUCAGUUGUGGCUUUAAGUAGAAAAGAAAAUAGUUAGUUCAGUUUAGUUCAACAAUGAUCAAAUCAGAAUAGUUGAUCUCACCGCAGUAUAAUUAACAAACACUUUCUUCAGUGAAACUUCUUUCUUUGACAACCCAGCCAUAAGCCCUCCCCCCCACCUCUCAAUUUGGAAACAAGGCUGGGUUGGAGAGAAGUCUCCAAAGCAGGAGAGCAAGGCUCUGCCUGCGCCAAGAGCAGAGAGAGAGAGAAAAGGAGAGCCAUCGCAUUUCCCUUUACCCUCCUCCGUUUUUUUUCCCCCUCCCAUCUCUCUUCCUCUUGAUUUACCCACCUUCUCUCCCAUCCCUUUAGACAUGCACUUUCCUCCUUCUCCUCCCAGUUUUUGCGAUGGGAAAGAAAGCCAGCCGCUCUCAUGAGCACAUAUCAAAGGUGUAAUGUUUCCAAUCGGCCACAUGAUAGCAUUUGGAUAAUACAGAGUAUCGGAUGAGCGGAGGUUGAAUAACCGGGGUCUACUGUAGUUUAGAUAAGCAGUCUUUCUUGGCGUUGACUUAAGCUUCAGUUUCCAGCUUCCAAACGCCACGUGUCAGCUCCCAGCAACAAAACAGCCACCUGCUGCAACCAGCUCUGACGAGCUAUCAGCUCUAGACAGAGCCAAGCUAAGCAAAUGCAAAGCUCAACAACUAUAAACUGAGUGCUUUGUUUUUUACAGUAGGUAGAUAACACACCCAACUAAACCAUACCAGCUGCUUUAGUGCUAUAAUAGAAUGGUUCAGAUCCUUGCUAUUACUUAGCAAAAAGCCUUUAGUAAACUGUUAGUAGCAACAGAAGUAUAGUUGUGAAUCUUCCUGGGUCAGCUUUAGCAUUUGUAUUUUGUAUUUUUCUGAGUUCUUCUUGGAAAAUUUGACAGCUAUCAAGUUGGAUGGAGCCAUUGGUAAACAGCCACUUUUAUGUCUUGCUACGGAUUCUCAAGAGGGUUGAGGUUUGAAUGAACCAUUCUAAAACAUUCAAAUUUAUGCCUGUUAACCUGUGGCAUGUCAAGAGUUAUUGUCUUCCUGGAAGAUGAAUCUUUGCCUGAUCCCCAGGUACUUUGCAGUCUGAAAAAGGUUUUCUUCUAGAAUUGCCCUGUAUUUUGCUCCAUAGGUCUUGUACUAACUAAAUGAUGCAUCUCCAUAACCUGAUAUAUUUCUGCCAGGUCUCAUUGUGGGGAAGAUGUUCUCAGGACAAUGACCACUGUUGGGUUUGUGUCACACAUAGCAUUUUGUUCUCAUUCCACUUUGUUUUCAUCAGACCAGAGAACCUUUUUUUCUACAGGUCUGGUGUGUUUCCUACAUAUUUUUGUGCAAAAUUCAAUUGGACUUUGACAUAGCUUUAUUUUAGAAUUGCUUUCUUCUGGUCACACUUCCAAAAAGACUAGCCAAAAUAAAUAAAAACAAUACUUCGAGAAGUUCUUGAGAAUAGACCCUGUGUAUGUCUAUUAUUUCUGCUUUGUGGCUUAUAUGAUAAAUAAACACUAUAGCUCACCCAAACAUUAAAACAUUUUUCUUCACUUCUCUAUUUUACCAAGUACUUUCCCAGUUCAUCCUUUGAUAAAGCCCUUUAUUCUAGAGGUUAAGCCUUAAUGACAUGUAAGAAAUAGAGGCACAGUUUCUUCCUCUGUAUGUCCAAUCUAUAUCUUCUCUUCUUUUGUCUCCUCUAUUUGGGGUAAUGAUCUGUCCUCUUAUAUUUUCUAACACGCCAUGUGUGUUGGUUGUGUUGUAUAAAUAACUAAACCCGUGAACCUUUUGUGUCUGCCUAAUAAAAAUACUGCCUAAUUUUGGAAUGAUAUAGAACAGUUCUUAAUUUGUUUUUAUGCACCUUGACAAUUCCUGAAUUAGACACUGUGUCUUGCUUGCUUCAUCCCUUCCCCAUUUAGUUAACGAAGUUCUUUUUCUUGCAGCAUGAAAACUCACUUUGCAUUUUUGCCUGCCAACAUUCAGUGCCAAGUUAAAAGCCCUGUUUUUCAAAGCUUUGCCUCUCCACGUCCAUUUCUCCUGCUUGCUUCUCCUUGUAUAGAAACCAGGAUCCACGCUUCGCAAAGUGCUUUAAAGAUUUCAGAGUUUUCAGAGAGGUUUGUGGCACCUGGCCAUUUCUUCCUGUAGCUUGUUACUUGUGCUUGAUGAAUAUGCAAUAGAAAACAGCGGGAUGAUAAGGAUUGUCAUAUUUUCCAUUUUUCUUUGGCAAGUUGCCUCAGAAGAAUCAUUUUGACUUUGCCUGUGCUGCAGCUGGGCGUCUGAAAGGGAAACCUACCUUUGUGCUGCCGAUGAAAACAGCAUUGCUUUUUUGUCAGGGCUCUUAACAUUUCAUGCCUCUGCUGCCAUUAGCUGAAGGAGUAACGGUGGAAGAGUCGUAUUUUGGAAAACGGAAGAACCUGAGAUCAAUUGUUCCCAAGAGAAGGCAUUCUUGACACUUCUUGCUUACAGCAAAAUGCUGAGCUGUUGAUUAGUAACGUUGGUUGGCUGCGAGGAAACUCUUGAAACACUAAAUGACAUUCUCGUGUCACAAAAAUGAGGCCAUUUUUUUUUGCCUCUUGAAGACAUAGUACCAUCUGGAAUUCAUUUCUGCUUGUCAUGACACAAGAUUCGACUACCCAAAAUCAAGGGUCGGAAUUGUGCUCUUGCUAUUUCUGUUGACAACAGCAUUCCUUUUGGGGAGCAGCAUCAUGCCAGUUAAUGGGGCCAAGACUUUAUCGACUUAUUAGAGAAGUGAAAUCUCUGCCCUUCAAACAAGAUCCUGAGAUAGGUUAAUGAAAAUGAGAAAAAGACAAAAAUAAUCUCAAGCCAUGAGCUGCAAUCAACCCAAUUAUAUUUAAAAACAGGAUUUUUUUUAAUGUUCUUUAUAUGUUGUUCAACAGAAAUAGUAGGGGCUUGGCAGGUUGAUUUUGUGGAGAUUAUUCCAUGAUCACAGAGUCUUGGCAACAUUGCAGUCGGCCUUUUCCUUUAGACACUCAGCAUACGUCUGGUGACAGGGCAGUCAAAGAAAGUGGCUUCAUUUGAAAAUCUUCAUAUACUGACAAAAAGCCCCUUUAGAAGUUUUUAAGAAGAAUCUUAAAACCUGGCUCUUCCAUUGUGCCUUUGAUGAGUAGGUACACAAUUUCACAUGACUGUUUAGGUGAUAAUUCUGUCAUUAGAGUGGACGCCCCCCCCCUCCUUGUGGGGAAGCUUGACUCCACAACCCCUGCCAUGAUAAGUACUAUUCCACAUAUUAUCUGCUUCUCUCUUUUAUCUUGUCUGAGUUUUUAAUUAGUUUUAAUUAGCUGUUUUUUAAUAAUUACAUGUAGCCCGCCCAUUGUCUCUGUGCCUGUGUCUAUUUGUAAUUAUAUUGUUAUGUAUUCAUAUGUUUUAUGUAAUUAUGAUGUUUAUUUUUGCGUUUUCGGUUGUGUUUUGGUUUUCUUUAUUGUAAUUGUUGUUCGGGCCUGGCCCCAUGUAAGCCGCUCCGAGUCCUCAUCGGGGAGAUGGUGGCGGGGUACAAAUAAAGAUUAUUAUUAUUAUUAUUAUUAUUAUUAUUAUUAUGUAGUUACAUCAUUUGGUUUCAUACCAUCUUGUGUCAUACUAUUUAGGGUUGGCAAGCAUUGUGAUAAAACUCAAAAUAAAAAGUAUUAAAACUCA